AACUCUUUAUUGUCCUACCAAAUCGGCCCACACAGAUCGGAGCGUCAGCAUCGCUUCCGAACGGACGCAAGAAGCAGCAGCAGCGGCAGCAGCCAAGGUCGAGUUUUCGGCUGUUUCUGUUCGAGCAUUCGCUGGUUUCGUGUCUGCGCGACCGGGUACGAGGAAGACCCGUUUGAGGUUUCUCUGUGAUCUUCAUCGUGGAAGGAGUUUCUGACUUGAGUCUUGUUUGAAUCUGCCUCUCUUUGGAGUCGGAGAAGGGUAGGUUCCAUGGCUUCGUUCUCCUCCAGGGAUGGCCAGGAGGAUCAGGUUUUGGUGGAGGAGAAGUCCUUUGUGAGAGCACUCAUACUAAACAGACCCAAGCAGCUGAAUGCUCUUUCUUACGAUAUGAUAGCUCGGUUAUUGGAACUUUUCCUUGUUUAUGAGAAGGAUUCUAAUGUGAAGUUGCUAAUCUUAAAGGGAAAAGGAAGAGCUUUUUGUGCCGGUGGUGAUGUUGCCACUGUUGUGCGUGAUAUCAACAAUGGAAAUUGGAAGUCGGGUGAAAUCUUCUUUCGGAAGGAGUUCACUUUAAAUUAUCUGAUGGCGACAUACAGUAGACCUCAGGUUUCAAUCUUGAAUGGCAUUGUCAUGGGAGGAGGGGCUGGUUGUUCCAUACACGGUAGUUUUCGCGUGGCAACAGAGAAUUCGGUUUUUGCUAUGCCUGAAACAGCUCUGGGUCUCUUUCCAGACAUAGGUGCCUCGUAUUUCCUGUCAAGGCUCCCAGGACAUUUUGGGGAAUAUCUUGGUCUUACCGGUGCUAGAUUGGAUGGAGCAGAGAUGCUUGCAUGUGGCCUUGCAACUCACUUUGUUCCCUCAGCGAAAUUGCCAUCGCUAGAAGCAGCUUUAUACACGGUAGAUUCUAGAGAUCAAGCCAUAAUUUCAGCAAUCAUCCGUGAAUACUCUGAGCUGCCUAUUUUGAAAGAGCAAAGUGCAUACCAUCGGUUGGAUGUCAUCAAUAGGUGCUUCUCGCGAAGAACAGUGGAAGACAUACUGUCUGCUCUUGAGCGAGAAGCCACAAAUAAGGUAGAUGAUUGGAUCCUUGCCUCAAUUCAGUCACUGAAGAAAGCAUCACCAACAAGCCUUAAAAUUUCUCUUAGAUCGAUAAGAGAAGGUCGACUACAAGGAGUUGGUCAAUGCCUUGUUCGAGAAUACAGAAUGGUUUGCCAUGUAAUGCGAGGCCAAGUCAGCAAGGACUUUGUUGAGGGCUGCAGAGCCUUACUCUUGGAUAAGGAUAAGAACCCAAAGUGGGAGCCUCCUAGAUUGGAGCUUGUCACUGACAAGAUGGUAGAAAGCUACUUCUCCAAGGUGGAUGAUGAAGACUGGGAAGAUCUAAAGCUGCCCCCCAGAUCAAACUUGCCUGCAUCUGCAUUUGCAAAGCUGUAACUCUCAGUAUCGCAGAUAUUUUCACUAUCAAUAAAUUCAGUGGUGCGAGGAGGACCAAGCUGCACGAUGCCAAAUAGCUAUCAAGAUAAGUACUUGUGGGUUAUGGAAAAGGCCGUCACUCCAGCGAAUUUUAGACACAAUCACCUCUCCUGUAUGAUCUUGGCGGAUUUAGCCUGCUUGGGAACUAAAAUCAUGGCGAACAUUUCAGUGUCUUAUUUAUUUUAUAUUUUUGGGGAGCCAAUCAUCAUUUUAUACAUUCCUCGAAGCGGAAUCAUAGUAAUGCCAUUGAGGGAAAGGUUCUUCCUGUGCAGAUGGUUUCGACUUAAAACUUCGUAGUAACUUAUAAGAAGUCGAAUUGACCAACCACGUGAAACACAAA